AUGGCCGGCACGUGCUUCUCCACCGCGCGUCACGCCUUCGGUUCUGCAGCCGUGGAGCCGCCUUCUAGGGCUGCCUUCCGGGCCGGAGCUUCAUCGCUGCUCCGGAUUUCUGCUGGGAGCGACGGAGUGAUGGCGACACGCGGCAACUCUGAGGGACCGUCUUGCAUCUACGUCGGCCCUAUUGAGACCGCCAGCAAAGAAACCCUCGAAGCUCUGUACCGUCAAGCAAGGGAUGCGUAUUACAGUGGCUCGCCUUUGAUAGUGGAUGACAUGUUUGAUAGAGUAGAGAUGAAGCUCCGGUGGUACGGUUCGAAAUCCGUUGUCAAGUAUCCUCGUUGCAGCCUCAGACGGCAAUCGACUUACUCGGAUGGUGAGGAAGAUAUCUCACAGGCCUUUGCAUUAGCAAGCAUAUGGAUCUUGUUUCUCACUGUGGGAAGCUGUAUCUGUGUUGGACCCAUACUCUAUGCGAUCGGAAUAGCUUAUCAAGAUGCAUUUGGUCCCCCAAUUUCAAAUGGCGGUCAACAGGAUGUGAUAAAGUUCCUUUCUUCGGCGAAUUUUGUUCUCUUCACGGCUGUGGGAUAUCUGGUUGGCUACCCUAUAGCAUCUGCAUCAGUUAAAGUGCUUCAAGGCCUUUGGAGGAAUGACUUGGUGGCACUCAAGGGAGCAUGCCCUAAUUGUGGUGAAGAGGUAUUUGCAUUUGUGAAGUCAAAUGUGACCGAGGACAACCCACAUCGGGCAAAUUGCCAUGUCUGUGAAAGCUUGCUAGAGUUCCGCACAAAGGUUGAGCAAACUGUGCCAAGACUUGGUAGACAGUGGGUCUAUGGUCGGAUAUACCUUGCAUCAAGAAGGCCAAGGAGAUGGAACAGGAUAUCAAGUUAG